UGCGCGCAAGCGCGGGCGGCGGAAGAGAGAGCGCGAACCCGUGGGGUGUGGGUAUUUCAAGGGCGAGUUCGGCUGUUGCCGGCUGUGGAAGUUUCAGGUUCGUGUCCGGCUGAACAGGAGACCCUGCUUCUUCCGGCCUAGGCCUCUCGGGUCCCGCGAAUUCUGAGGCCCGAUUUUAUUUAUUUAUUUGAAGAGAGAGACACAGCGAGAGAGGGAACACAAGCAGGGGGAGUGGGAGAGGGAGAAGCAGGCUUCCCGCCGAGCAGGGAGCCCGAUGCGGGGCCCGAUGCGGGGCUCGAUGCGGGGCUCGAUGCGGGGCUCGAUCCCAGGAUCCCGGGGUCACGACCUGAGCCGAAGGCAGACGCUUAACGACUGAGCCACCCGGGCGCCCCUGAUCUUGGCCUUUCAACCACUCCUCUUCUUCAGGCUAACAGCCCUGACACCAUAAAGAGCUUGGUAACCUGCUGAAUGUAAUGACGAUUUUUUUCUUUCAAAGAAGUAUGUCUCAGGAAGGUGAUUAUGGGAAGUGGACAAUAUCCAGUAGUGAUGAAAGUGAGGAGGAAAAGCCAAAAUUAGACAAGCCAUCUACUUCUUCCCUCCCUCAUGCUGGGCAGGGAGCCACAAAUGAACCAAGAUACACCUGUUCUGAGGCUAGGAAAGCUGCCCAUAAAAGGAAAUUAUCACCUGUAAAGUUCAGCACAGAUUCACAAGCUUCACCUCCCAAAAAGCAGAAGAGUGGUUCCCAGGAAGACCUGGGUUGGUGUCUCUCUAGCAGUGAUGAUGAACUGCAACCAGGAACACAGGAGAAGCAGGCUAAGAACAUGGUGGUCAAAGAGGAGAGCGGCAUCUCUUCUCCCAAAGACAGUGCCACCCAAAGAACUGGAAAUCAUGGCUCUCCUGCCCACCAUGGACUAAAAGAGGAGGAAGAGGAGUAUGAGACCUCAGGGGAAGGCCAAGAUAUUUGGGACAUGCUGGAAAAAGGGAACCCCUUCCAAUUUUACCUCACUAGAGUCUCCGGAAUUAAGCCAAAGUAUAACUCUGGAGCCCUCCACAUCAAGGAUAUUCUGUCUCCUCUAUUUGGGACACUUGUGUCUUCAGCUCAGUUUAACUACUGCUUUGACGUGGCCUGGCUCAUAAAACAGUAUCCACCAGAGUUCAGGAAGAAACCAAUCCUGCUUGUGCAUGGAGAUAAACGAGAAGCUAAGGCUCACUUACAUGCCCAGGCCAAGCCUUAUGAAAACAUUUCCCUUUGCCAGGCAAAGUUGGAUAUUGCAUUUGGAACACACCACACGAAAAUGAUGUUACUGCUGUACGAAGAAGGCCUCCGGCUUGUCAUCCACACCUCCAACCUCAUCCAUGCUGACUGGCACCAGAAGACUCAGGGAAUAUGGUUGAGCCCCUUAUACCCACGAAUUAUCCAUGGAACCCACACAUCAGGAGAAUCAACAACACAUUUUAAAGCUGAUCUCAUCAGCUACUUGAUGGCUUAUAAUGCUCCUUCACUCAAGGAGUGGAUAGAUAUCAUCCACAAGCAUGAUCUCUCUGAAACCAAUGUUUAUCUUAUUGGAUCAACCCCAGGGCGCUUUCAAGGAAGUCAGAAAGAUAAUUGGGGACAUUUUAGGCUUAGAAAGCUUCUGAAAGAGCAUGCCUGUCCUAAAGGAGAGUCUUGGCCAAUAGUAGGUCAGUUUUCAAGCAUUGGGUCUAUGGGAGCUGAUGACUCGAAAUGGUUGUGUUCUGAGUUUAAAGAAAGCUUGGUGACGCUGGGGAAGGAAAGCCGGACCCCAGGGAGAAGUUCCGUUCCUCUUCAUCUGAUCUAUCCUUCUGUGGAAAAUGUGCGAACCAGCUUAGAAGGAUAUCCAGCUGGGGGUUCUCUUCCCUAUAGCAUCCAGACAGCUGAAAAACAGAACUGGCUCCAUUCCUAUUUUCACAAAUGGUCGGCUGACACAUCUGGCCGCAGCAAUGCUAUGCCACAUAUUAAAACAUAUAUGAGACCCUCUCCAGACUUCAGUCAGAUUGCUUGGUUCCUUGUCACAAGCGCAAAUCUGUCCAAGGCCGCAUGGGGAGCAUUAGAGAAGAACGGCACCCAGCUGAUGAUCCGUUCCUAUGAGCUUGGGGUCCUUUUCCUGCCAUCAGCAUUUGGCCUGGACAGCUUCAAAGUAAAACAGAAAUUCUUCUCAGAGAGCAAGGAGCCAGCGGCCGCCUUUCCUGUACCAUUCGACCUGCCUCCAGAACUGUAUGGAAGUAAAGGCCGUCCUCCGAGCUGCACUCUGUCUCUAUUCAGGAAGAGGAGAAAGCUUCCCCGAGAGCGCAUCGGCGGUGCUGGGCGGCUGUUUCUGCCGAUGGUGCCGCGUGGCCGCCUUACUGUAAGCAUUCACCCCUUCAGAGUUGUAGCUCUCCUCCUCUUCGGGCCAGUUAUGUGGGGAUUGAUUCUUAACCCUAGCAACCUAUUUACACCCUACCCCUACUAUUAUGGUUCUUUAGAAUUGGUUUGAUUCUAGCAGUAGUUAUGCAUGAUAAAAGUGAUUUGUUCUGAUUUUUUUCAAUUUCUGAAACCCCAGUUAAAAGGGGGGAAAGUUCAUGGUUAUUGAGCACCUGCAACAUGCCAGGAACUUCCACAGGUGUUUUCUCAGUUAUGUUUCACAAUCCUCCUGAGAGGUUGCUUAUGUAGCUAAUUCCCAUUUCACAGCUGAGGAACCCGAGGCCAAGAUCCCAGUGUUUUCCCGAGUUUGCAGAGAAGGAUAAGGGCAGGACCUGAACCUAGGUCUUUAGUGUUCUCUCCCUUGUAUCCUACCAAGGCAUGUUGCUUGCUUCACCAUCGGUCUACAGUCAUUAUACAGAGACCUUCAUGCCUCAUCAAUUAUUAGCCUUAAGGAACAGAACAAAACCAUUUCGUGGAGGUGGCCCCAGGCCUCUCGAUUAUAUGUGACCAUGACCCGCUGAGAGCAGUGUGCCAUCUGUUACUGUUGGUUUCUCCAGCGUUGUAAAAGAUAAUAGCUGCCCUUUGUGAGGUUCUCUCUCUGCGGGAUGCUCUCGGACACUACGUGCGUUUAUCUCACUUCCCCUCCUGACCGCACCACAGUCAGGUACACAGAAGGACACUGAGGCUGACAGAGGCGAAGUGACUGGUCAAUAUAAGCAGCAAGCCAGAAUGUACACCCUGGUUUCUGCUGGCCUGCUUCCAGGUUCACUUGCCUGUUUCUUAGCAUGAACUUUUGCCAGUAGCCACUGUCUGAAAUGGGCUGUUGUCUGGGGUUGGUUCAGAAAGGGUUCUUAAGGGGGUGGCUGAGUGGUGCAGUUGGUUAAGUGUCUGACUCUUGGUUUUGGCUCGGGUUGUGAUCUCAGGGUCGGGAUAUUGAGCCCCGCAUUGGGCUCUGGGCUCGGCACGGAGUCAGCUUGAGAUUCAUUCUCCCUCUGCCCUCCACCCCCAUGUGUGCUCACAGGCACUCACUCUCAUAAAUCUUUAAAAAGAGGAGAGGGGUUCUUAAAAAUGUGUAAACGUGGUGGUUUUAUCCUAUCAGGUAAACACAUGGGUGGUUUUAUCCUAUCAGGUAAGUGAAUUUUUUGUAAUCCUGUUCAAAUAAGUAUUAUACAUAUAUAAUGUGGUUUGUUUGUUUUUU